AUGGGAGGAGUAAAGAAGAGGAGGAGACGGAUCUUCGCGCCGAAUCUGCCGCCGAACGCGUCGAAGCGUCGUUCCAAAGACCCGUCAGCUGAGCUGCCAGCUGAAGGGGAGGAGACGGCGCGAACAUCUACAGCAAGUCUAGCAGCUAUACGUGAACAACAACAAAAUGCCCUGCCAACAGACGAGGAAUUUGGUUAUGAAUCUGAAGGAGCAAAUGGAGCGCCUGAAAGCACAAGUAGCACCCAUUGUUCAGAUGCUGAAGGCAAAGCAGGAGACGCGCCGAGCGAUAAAGAAGCUGCUAAUGCAGCCAAAACAGCGGAGCAACAACAACAAUUGGCUAAAAAAUUAGAGUUGCAAAACCAGCAACAACAAAAGCAACAGCCAAAACAGCAAACCAAACAACAGCGGCAACGACAACAACAAUUGCCAGCACAAGAUGCACAACAACAACAACAGCUGCCUGUCCAAGUGCCAGGGCAGCAAAUUCAAAAAUCGCCAGCACAGCAGCAACAACAACAACAAGCACCAGAUGCUACCAAGCCCAGUGGAAGUAAGCGGCAGGAGCGGACUGAUCAGCAGCAGGCCCAGGAGCAGCAGCAGCAGAUAGGACACCAGCAGCAGCCACAGACAAACAACCCAAAAAAAGAGAAUGUGCCACCCAUCAAUGUUUACAAAAUGGAGCUAGAGGACACCAUUAAUGGCAUAGAUUCCUGCACGGAACCCCAGAUGCUCUAUGAUGAGCUUUGCCGCAAAGCGAGUGGUGAUAUCGAGAUCAUCAGCGUCAAGCCAUUCCAAAUGGCUUUGUCCAGACGGGAGAAGAGGAAACUGCCGAUAUUUUUAGUGCAGCUCUCGCCCAACAGCAAACUGGAUAGUUUGAGGAAUAUUACCAUCCUCAACUACCAGGUUGUCACUUGGAAUAAAUUAAAAAGGCGCGGUGACAUGCUUCAAUGCGUGCGAUGCUAA